UAUAAUAUCACAUUAAAGAGAACAUUUAUGUGGAAUAACGUUACUACCAUAAAAAUACAAUUUCACAGAAUCGAACAGCUUGGCAGUGUUCAGCUCGACGACAAAAAUCGUAUAUGCAAAUUCACAUCAUUUGAUGGGCAGCUUGAGUUACAAGGAAGACAUGGUCGUUGCUCAGUAGAUAUAGAAAGCCCCGAGUUUGUCCGAUUUGUCCAAUUUCUUGUGAACAAGACUGAAAAGUCCAACGAACCAAUUGAUCAGCGGAGGGUGUUCGGGAAGUUUCGUGCUCUCGAGCAUGGUGUACUUGAUGUUACCACCUAUAGGAACAGAUUCCAUGGAGUUGUGGCACGGAAUAUGAUUCUUUUGGACAACUUAUCAAUCGAUUUGAGCAUCCGUAUGAUUUUUGCGUUGAGUGGGAAGAUGGAGACCAAUUUUCUUUCUGAAGUUGAAAAGCAUGGAAUUGUUCGAUUGGAUAAUCAAAAUCGAAUCAUUGAGUACGUCGCAAACGACGGAAAAAUGAAACUCAAAGGUCAACAUGAUGGACGAAAAGAUCAUGGAACUCAAGCAACACAGGAUCCAGUGUAAACUACAGUAAAAGGAGCAGGCGAGACGGAGAAGGUUGUUCAAGUCGUCAGGAGACUUCUCAUAUGGAUGCUGCCGGAUCCUUCGAUGAUUCCUUCAAUUUCGAAGAAUUCACUCGGAUGCGCUUAUCGCACAACGAUGUGCUUCAGAGUUUUGCGACUGCUAUCGAUAGAGCUCCGAAGGUUAAGAUUUCUGAUGACACAAAAGGGAAGGUUGACAAGCACAAGGCUCAACAAAUUAAUGAUUUGCUCGAGACUUUUACAACUUUUAUCGAAAGUGCGCCGAAAUUAGAGAUCGUUGAUGAGCCCAAAGUACAGUGUGAUGCAGUCAACAAUAACAAGGAUCAAGAAGCUUAUUCCAGAAUGUCAUGAUCGGUGAUGUGAAGCAAGAAAUUCGAGAUUUACUGGUGUUCCUCGUGGUGUCAUCCUG